AUGUCCAGCACACCGACUGAGGAUGAUUUUCCCGAUGGCGGUCUCCAAGCUUGGUUGGUGGUCCUUGGCUGCUGGUGUGGCAUGUUCUGCACAUUUGGGCUUGUCAAUUGCAUUGGUGUCUUUGAGGCAUACUAUGUUAGCGACAAGGGCCCUCUGCAUCAACAUAGUCAAGGGGAUGUGAGCUGGAUCACGUCCUUCCAAGCUUGGGGGAUACCCUUUGGCGGCAUUAUAUUCGGCCCUCUAUUUGACCGGCUGGGCCCUAGAUGGUUACUCAUCCCUGGUGCAUUCGUUUACGUGUUCGGUUUGAUGAUGAUUUCCAUAUCUGAUCAAUACUAUCAGAUCUUCCUGUCGCAGGGAAUUGUGGCAGCAUUUGGCUCAUCUGCUGUUUUCAACUGCUGCACCUUGUCAGUGGUCUCUUGGUUUAAACGUCGCCGCGCCUACGCGUUUGGAAUCAUGGUCUCUGGCUCAUCUCUCGGUGGUGUUAUCAUGCCAAUUAUGAUGAACAAACUUAUACCCCGUGUAGGCUUUCCAUGGACUAUCCGCAUUGUUUCUUUCAUGAUCCUUGGUUUGCUUGUCAUUGCCGCGUGCACCGUACGGUCACGAUUGCCGCCUCAGCCCAAGCCUUUCAGCGCAUCGAGCUAUCUUUCAGGUCUCCGCGAUCCAGCUUUUACUUUGACGUGUCUGGGAUCCUUCUUUUUCUACUGGGGUCUGUUUAUCCCCUUCAAUUACAUCAUUCUUCAGUCCGAAGAGGCCGGCAUGAGCCGAGAGACUGCGCAGUAUCUGCUGCCAAUUAUAAAUGCCGUUAGUAUACCUGGCAGAAUCAUUCCAGGAUUCCUAGCCGAUAAAUUCGGCCGCUAUAAUGUGACGAUACUCGUAUCUGGAAUCACCUCGAUAUUUUGCCUAGCCCUCUGGGUCCCGGGACAGAGUCAGGAGGCGUUGUUCGCAUUUGCGGUGAUGUACGGCUUGUUUUCGGGGAGCUUUAUUUCGCUUGCACCUACUCUGGUUGCUCAAAUCUCCGAUAUCCGCGAAAUAGGUAUUCGCCAAGGUACAUGCUUUGUCUUUCAAUCUUUUGGCGCCUUGACCGGCUCACCUAUUGCUGGAGCAAUCACCGCACGCCAAAAUGGUUCAUUUCUGGGCCUUCAGCUCUUUUGUGGGUUUUCAUUGUUUACAUCAAUGGCUGUCUACAUUGUUGCCCGAGUUGUAUUGGUCGGUCUAAGAUCAGCUAGGGUCUAG